AUGGAUUAAAAUCUUAAGAAGAUGCAAGAUUUGCUCAUCAAUGAAAUUAUAAAUAAAUAGUAUAGCGAGGAUGAUUUCUAAGGCUUUGCUUUUGAAAGAUUUCCUGAAAAGGAUGAAUUGUAUAAGUGGAAUUUUGAUGAUUUAAAUUAAUUAGUCCAACAAUAUUAAUAAUUAUAAAAUCAAAAGGCAGGUAAUUAAGAUUAGCUAAAUCCUCAAGAAUAAACAAUUAAUAAAAUUAAGAUCAAAAUUUAAAAAAAGAUGAUAAAGUUGAGACUCACGUUUAGAAACAAAGUAGAUUAAUUCCUAAAAGAUCAACAUCUAAAUCAGUUUUUGUUAAUUCAAUAACUAAGGAAUAAGCAUAAUAAAAGGGCUUUAGCGAAAUUUAAAUAUUUAAAAGGAGAGGUGUUAAAUUUAAUUUGUAAAAUUUUACUCUAAGCAUAGGAAAAUUAAAUUGUAUUUUCUGAAUAUGAGAAAUAAUAUGAAUGCCAAAAGAAAAGAUAGUAUAUUGAAGAGAAUGUAAAACUUAAUUUUAAAGUUACGACUAUAAAUACUAAAAAACUAAUUUUUACAAAUUAGGUAUUUUGUAUUGAGACUCAACCAUUUAAUUGGAAGGUCGAAAGAUCAAAGGAAGAUUUUUAGACUUUGGAAAAAAUAAUGCUAAUGUAUUUCCCAGAGUAUUCUGGAUAUAUACUUUAAUAUGAUCAAAAAUAGGAUUUUCAAUUACAUUUAGAGAAUGCCUUAAAUAUUUACUAUAGCAAACCAAAAACAAGGUGUCUUGAUUAUUUUGUGUUGUUUUUAAACGAUAACAAGGCUAAUGAACUCCAUCUGAAAAGUUUUAGCCAUUAUACAUAAAGUGAGAAAAAUAUUAGAAAAUUUUAAUUACCUUAAGUAUCUACACCUUCUGGUUAACUAAAAAUUGAAUUUAGUAACAAAACUUAUUAAGGUUACAAAAAACUCUAAAAAUAUCAAAAUUAAUUCCUUUAAAACUAUAAAAAAUUUGAAACAAAGAUUUAGGAAUCUUAAUAAAUUAUUUAUUAAGAAAUAGAAAAGAUGAAAUAUUAAUUAAUACUAUUAAUCGAUUCUAAUAAAGGAUUAUUUAUUUAAGAUGAAUUUGCUCAGAAAAUACCUUUAUUCAAUUUAGAAAUAUUUUAUGACCAAAUUUACUAAGCUAUUUAAAUAAGUAAUGAAUCUAAAAAGUAUGUUUCUAAUACCAUUGAAUCAAUCUCAAAAAAAAUAAGUCAAACCUAUAAAGUUUUGGAAUAGCCUCUAAAUAAAUGUUCUAAAAAUGAACAAAAACUUAAGACUAUUUAUCUCAAUGAUUUUGUAUCAAAAAAAAUGCCAUUUUUAAAAGACAAAGAAAUUAAUGAUCUAUUAAUUAAUUAGGGUUUAAAUUCAGAUUCUUUUUCGGAUUAUUAAUAUGAAACUAUUUCAUCAAUUAUAAGAGAUGUAUUUCCACUAAAAAUCGAUGUAAAUUAUGAAGUUCUUCAGAAAUGUAAAGAUGAAUUUGCAUAUCUACUCCAAUAAGUACUUUUAGAAGCCUAAAUAAGUCUUUCAGAAUUAUUUUUAGAUAUAAAGUUUACCUGUUAGUACAAUUUUAAUGAGCUCACUUAAGCAAUAAAGAACAAAAUAAAUAGUAAAUAGAAUAUUUGAUUAAAAUUUCCAAUUCUAUAUUAUAAAUAUAUUUCAUCUAUUCUCAAAA